CUCACACACCUUUCCCCAGCCUCAGGAGCAGGCUAGGAGCCACCGCCAUGGCUGUAGGCAACAUAAACGAGCUGCCGGAGAACAUUCUUCUGGAGCUGUUCACCCACGUCCCUGCCCGCCAGCUGCUGCUGCGCUGCCGGCCCGUCUGCAGCCUCUGGCGAGACCUCAUCGACCUGGUGACCCUCUGGAAGCGCAAGUGCCUUCGAGAGGGCUUCAUCACGGAGGACUGGGACCAGCCUGUAGCUGACUGGAAGAUCUUCUACUUCCUGCGCGGCCUCCGGAGGAACCUCCUUCACAACCCAUGUGCCGAAGAGGGAUUUGAGUUCUGGAGCCUGGACGUGAACGGUGGUGAUGAGUGGAAAGUGGAAGACCUCUCCAAAGACCAGCGGAAGGAAUUCCCCAAUGACCAGGUCAAGAAAUACUUCGUGACUUCUUAUUACACCUGCCUCAAGUCCCAGGUGGUGGACCUCAAGGCUGAAGGGUAUUGGGAGGAGCUGAUGGACACCACCCGGCCGGACAUCGAGGUCAAGGACUGGUUCGCAGCCAGGCCAGACUGCGGGUCCAAGUACCAGCUGUGCGUCCAGCUCCUGUCAUCAGCACAUGCACCACUGGGGACCUUCCAGCCAGACCCGGUGACGAUCCAGCAGAAAAGCGAUGCCAAGUGGAGGGAGGUUUCACACAUAUUCUCCAACUACCCUCCCGGCGUCCGCUACAUCUGGUUUCAGCACGGAGGCGUGGACACUCACUACUGGGCCGGCUGGUACGGCCCAAGAGUCACCAACAGCAGCAUUGUCAUCGGGCCCCCGAUGCCCCGAUGCCCCCUGAGCCCCUGUCCUCAGAGCCCUAACUGGUAACCUGUCAGAAAGGGCCAGGCUUGGGACGGGGGAGGUGGGAGUCAGGCACUCCUGGACCUCGAUGGUAGUCCUUGCCCCCAGCUGCCUUCUCUG